CCAAUCGUUUCACUUAUCUACUGAGAGACAGAGAGAAAUAAAAGGAGAAAGAAACGGAAGAAGCCUUCAACUUUUAUUAUUUGGAACCCCCCUCUAAAAUGCUGGCAAAAAUUUUCCAAACAUACAACAAAACUAACUCUAGAAAGUUUCCUUUGCAGUUCUUGAUGCUCACUUCAUCGUCAUCCUUCAAGAGACUCAAUUCUCUGUUGUUAGGUGCUUUGGGGGAUAGAGGGCAGAGGAAGAGUAAUCUGUCAGUGAUGGCAGAAGGUAAUGUAGAUGAUACUAACACUACCAAUGAUGAUGAUGAUGAUGAUGAUCAACCUUUUACUCCUUGGGCUGUCUCUGUUGCCAGUGGGCACACUUUGUUGCGCAGCCCGCAACAUAACAAAGGACUUGCUUUUACCGACAAAGAAAGAGAUUCUCAUUUCUUGCGUGGCCUUUUGCCUCCAGCGGUAUUAACUCAAGAGCUUCAGGCAAAAAGAAGUUUGAACAUACUCCGCCAAUACCAAGUUCCAUUGCAUAGAUACAUAGCCAUGAUGGAUCUUCAGGAGACGAAUGAAAAACUAUUUUACAAGCUUCUCAUUGAUAACGUUGAGGAACUGCUUCCAGUAGUUUACACCCCAGUAGUUGGUGAAGCUUGCCAGAAGUAUGGCAGCAUUUUCCGCCGUCCGCAGGGACUUUACAUCAGUUUAAAAGACAAGGGAAAGAUUCUUGAGGUGCUGAAGAAUUGGCCAGAGAAGAACAUCCAAGUUAUUGUUGUAACCGAUGGUGAACGUAUACUGGGGCUAGGCGACCUUGGCUGCCAGGGGAUGGGAAUACCAGUUGGAAAACUUUCCCUGUAUACAGCACUUGGGGGUGUUCGUCCUUCAGUUUGCUUGCCCGUAACCAUUGAUGUCGGCACCAAAAAUGAGACAUUGUUGAACGAUGAGUUCUACACUGGUCUCAAACAGAAAAGAGCAACCGGAGAGGAAUAUGACGAGCUGUUAGACGAGUUCAUGAGUGCAGUCAAGAAGAACUAUGGAGAAAAAGUCCUCAUUCAGUUUGAAGAUUUUGCCAACCACAAUGCUUUUGAUUUGCUGAUCAAAUACCGAACAAGUCAUCUUGUUUUUAAUGAUGAUAUUCAGGGUACGGCAUGUGUUGUAUUGGGAGGUUUGCUUUCGGCUUUGAAACUAAUUGGGGGGACUCUUUCCGAUCAUACAUUCCUAUUUCUAGGUGCCGGAGAGGCCGGUACUGGAAUAGCAGAGCUUAUUUCACUUGAGAUAUUGAAGAAGACAAAGUUGACAGUGGAAGAUUCUCGAAAGAAAAUUUGGCUUGUUGACUCCAAGGGACUGGUCGUGAGCUCGCGUAAAGAUUCCCUUCAACAGUUUAAGCAACCAUGGGCUCAUGAUCAUGAACCGGUUACAGGACUCUUGGAAGCUGUAAAGGCAAUCAAACCAACAAUAUUAAUAGGAACAUCGGGAGUCGGGAAACAGUUUACAAAAGAAGUUAUCGAGGCAAUGUCAUCUAUCAAUGCGAAACCUCUCAUAAUGGCGCUCUCUAAUCCAACGUCACAAUCUGAGUGUACUGCUGAAGAAGCUUAUACAUGGAGCAAUGGUCAUGCAAUCUUUGCUAGUGGAAGCCCAUUUGACCCGGUCAUAUAUGAUGGCAAAGAGUUCGUGCCUGGACAGGCAAACAAUGCUUACAUAUUUCCUGGAUUUGGUUUAGGAUUGAUCAUGUGUGGUGCGAUCCGAGUGCAUGAUGAGUUUCUUUUGGCAGCAGCUGAAGCUUUAGCAUCACAAGUGACCGAAGAAGACUACGCCAAGGGUAUUAUCUAUCCUCGGUUUAAGAAUAUUAGAAAGAUUUCAGCGACUAUUGCGGCCAAGGUGGCUUCAAGAGCAUAUGAAUAUGGUUUGGCAUCUCACCUCCCCCGUCCCAGCGAUCUAGUUAAAUUCGCGGAGAGUUGCAUGUACUCUCCGAAAUACCGCAACUAUCGUUAAUUCUUUAGUUUAAAUGUGUUUGACUAGUAGUGGUUUUUAUUACUUUAAAGGUUAUACGUUGUGUGAUUCAAGUAUUGUAUUACAUUGAUUGUACAAAGUCUUGUAUUGAUUACUUAAUUUUAUGCUCAAAAACAAUCAUAUAAA